CAGGAGGGAAAGAGAGAGAGAAGGAACAAGUUCAAUUUAAGCCACAGUUGCUCCCCUCGAGUCAUUUUUACUCAACACACUGACGAAUAACAACUAGCCUUAAGGCAGUGGAGUGGAGAGACAUGGGGACAACACAAGUACCAAUGCUACGGUUUUUACUUUUAGUGAUGAUUGUGGAGAUUUGUGCUGCGCAAAAUGAUAUCACCCUGUCAGUUUAUACGGCUACUUCUAAAUCCCUGACGAUGGAGUGGACUCAGUUCCCUGGCACCAGCUUCUAUAAACUCAAGGCAACACCAAAGAACUCCCCUAAAGGGCAAGUCUUUGUUCAGUUUGGCCAGAUCACCAUCCUGGGCUCCAUCACUUCUCUCGCCCCAAACACAGAGUACACAGUGCAGAUAGAGGCCAUGGAUGACCAGAUGACCGUCCUCGCCAGUGCAGACAUUGACGCUCUCACAGCUCCUGAAGUUCCUGCUAUUAGUAAGACCUAUUCUAAAUCAAGUGAAAGCAUCACAGUGGAGUUCCCAAAUGUCACUGGGGCGACAUUUUACGUCGUGAGAGCAGAGUCCAAAAUUGGUACUUUCUUCUCUGAGACUCGGGUGAUGGGCUCCCCAGGCACCAUACAGGGUCUCCAGCCUUACACAGAGUACGAGAUUAGCAUCAUGUCCGGGAAUGCAGGGGGGCGGAGCCAGCCUUCUUAUCCAAAUGACCAAAAAACAGUAAUUGUCGCACCCAACUUGAAAACCAAAUCUCCAACCAACAGCUCGAUUGUGGUCACAUGGGAUCCAGUGGACCAUGCUGAGCUCUAUACAUUUGUAAUCAUCCAAGAAGGCUCCACUGUACCCCUCAACCGCAACACCACUGAAACACUACUGGAACUGAAUAAUCUCCAACCAGGAACAAACUACACCAUUAAGGCACAAGCGCUGGAUGAUAUGAGACGUCCUGGAGAUGACCAAACAUUCAGCCAGAUCACACGUCCAGCCACCCCUGAUGUACUUGAUGUUCAGAUCAACCAGGGCAAGUCAACUACACUGAUCUACUGGGGAUUGGUAACAGGCGCUUCGAACUACACUGUCUUGACCAGUAACAACCAAACAUGCAAAGCAUCAAGUGACAGCUACUGCUUUAUUGGGCCGGUGGAGUGUGGUCAGAACCAAACCCUUUCAGUGACAGCCUACAACGAAGCCGGACCUAGUGAACCAUCAAACCCAGCGCUAUAUCUCACCUACCCCUGUCCUCCUAAUAACACCAGGGUAGAGGAGUACGAGCCUGGGAACUGCUCUGUUAUGUGGGACGAAGUGAAAAUGGUGGACUAUUACAUGGUUUUUGUGAAAGGAAAUGAUGGCAACGAGAAGAUGUGUAACACCACCGAGACCAGGUGCUCAUUCGAGUGCACGUGUGGCCACUCCUUCAUCAGCCUCGUGGUCCCCUACAACUCAGCUGGUGGCAGCCCUGUGUUUGAGCUGGUCAACUACACCACAAUCCCUUGUUGUCCAGACAGAAUAAACAUCACACUAGUUUCCUCUGAGACUGUGGAGAUUGAGUGGUCAGAAGUAAGUGGAGCUGAACUGUAUGAGGUCACUGCAGAAGAGACUAAUGACAUCAUCCACUGUAACGACACCGAGACCAUUUGUGCCCUGUCCGACUUGCACUGCGAUACCACAUACUCUAUCAAGGUAACACCAUGCAGUGAAAUAAGAGGAUGCAACAAAACCUGCAAAGCACACACACAAGUAACAGCUCCCUGUGCUCCUGAGAUCAUUAAUAUUACACAAGUGAACGCAGACACAUAUAGAGUGCACUACAGCACCCCCAACAAAGCAGGCACAGCAUACACCAUCACUGCCUCUGCCCCGGGAACGACUCAGCCCUAUGUUUGUACAAGCACAGAGAGCUCCUGUGAGCUGACAGGCCUGCCCUGUGGGACUGUUUUUGAGGUUAUGGGAGCAGCCUGGUCCAAUGAUGGAGGAAGAAGUCUUCCCGGUUAUGAAGAAAUAUUGGAAACAGGUCCGUGCUGUCCUCAGAAUGUUGUGGUGAAACAAGUGACUCAGGCUAUGACCAAUGUGAGCUGGAGUCAUGCGACCGGCGCCAGCUCGUUCAUCACCAGUUUGACAUCACGGCGAGGAGAGGCCAAGUGCCACACUGUGGACAACAGCUGCCUAAUGGGCUGCAUUACCUGUGGCACCAACUAUACCAUCAGCAUGGAGGCCAUCAGCAGUACAGGACACAAGUCCGAGUGCCACUACAAUGGAUUCUCAUCAAGUCCCUGCUGUCCAACAAAUAUUAAGCUUUAUCGUAAACCAGACAAGCUUCAGUUAAGAGUAUACUGGAGGUCUCUGGGCCCACACAUUUACAACCACACUGUUGCAUUAACGGGGCAAAUGGCUAACCUAAAGUGUGAGGCUGCUCCUGGUGUCAGGUACUGUGAUGUACUGGAGAGCGCCUGUGGAAAUGUCUACACAGUACUGGUAGCUCCUGUCCUCCCUGAUGGCACCAAAACUGACUUCUGCCAAGAGAGGACAUACUCAGUUCCCUGCCCUGGAAAUCAAAAUAUGUUGAUGCCUGAUGUAAAACGGUAGAAACAAUUG